UGUAGUUCUUUAGGAACAUUGUGUUUGGGUAGUGCGCAGUCGUUGUAUCCGUAUACUACUGGCAUAUAAUUAAAAGUAAUUUGUGAAAGGUAGGUUUAAAUGUUCAUGUUUAAUUGAAAUAAUUUGCAGUUCAGCUUUGGUAAAGGGAAACUGCUGUUAGUUUCUUAAACCGACGGUGAUUAGGUUGAGAGAUGGCGGACGAUAGCCGCUACUACAAUGAGCAUGAUGACCGCGUGGGCAGCCCUCAUUUCUGUCAUCGUAAGGGCCGUGGGCCCUUCAGAGGACGCGUGCACAAUGAGCCAGUACGUCAGAGGCACAGAGGCUUUCCUGCGGGAGGCUUUGGUCCUGGUCCCCCAAGCCGGUUUGAGGAUGACUGUGAUGUGGACAUGACUGGUGGCCAAGAUGGGCCAUCCCAUCGGAGAUUCAACCCCUAUGGACGGCCCACCCGAAGAGGAGAAGGCCGAUUUGAUCUAGACAGAAGAGGAGGGGGCUUUUGGGGCUGCAGGUCUACAGGAGGCAGUGGAGUAUUUGGGGAUGCAGGAAGACUUGGAGGUGGAGUGAGUUCAGACAAAUCCAAAACAUGGUACAAAAUAACGAUACCCUAUGGCAGGAAAUAUGACAAGAAAUGGCUGCUGACUGCAUUACAAAAUCUUUGCCCCAUACCUAUUAUUCCAAUGCAUUAUGCCACAGAGGGCCAGAAAGUGCAGUUCUACUUGGAGGAUGCCACAGCCGCCAGCGCCCUGUGCAAAAUCACACGUAGGAUCACAGACCGUGAAGGAUAUAAGGUGGUUGUGUGGAUGAAUGCCUGUUCCCCUCCUUCCUUUCUCCAGAGUGACCUGAAAGACCAGGAUUUAGUACACUUAAAGCAAUGCAUGUCCAAACGUUUUGAUCGUUCUGAGCAAUUUCUCGAUUUGAACAGCAUUCGCACUGAUCCAGAGUUGGUGUCUCAGAACAUUGAGGUUAUUUUGAGCAGGAAAAGCUGCAUGCAGGCUGUGGUAAAGAUCAUUGAGGAGAAUAUUCCAGAGCUGGUGAGUCUGAAUCUAAGCAAUAACAGACUAUACAAGUUGGACGACCUUGCUGAUUUGGUGAACAAAGCCCCAAUCUAAGCGCUCAACCUGUCCCAUAAUGAGCUGAAGUCAGAGCGGGAGCUGGACAAGGUGAAGGGCUUCAAGCUGGCAGAGCUGUGGCUGGAUCGCAACCCUCUGUGUGAUCACUUCAAGGACAAGCCCACGUACAUUAGCGCUAUUCGGGAACGAUUCCCCAGGCUCCUCCGACUGGAUGGCCAUAAUCUUCCGGCAACGAUAGGUUUUGAUGUUGAAACUCGCACUGCAAUUCCUAUGUGCAAGGGCAGCUAUUUUGGUUCCGAGGAAAUCAAGGAAUUCAUUGUGCGCUUCCUGCAGCAAUACUACAGUGUUUAUGACUCGGGAGACAGACAGCCUCUACUGGACGCCUAUCACGAUGGGGCCUGCUUUUCUCUCAGUCUGCCUGUCACCAUGCACAUCCCUUCCAGGUCUAGUUUGGGAGACUAUAAUAAAGACAAUCGCAACAUUAAGAAAGUCAAAGACCCUGGCACAAGGUUCCGCUUGUUGAAGCACACACGACUAAAUGUAGUCGCCUUUCUCAAUGAGCUCCCCAAGACCCAGCAUGACACAGCCUCUUUCACUGUAGAUGUAAACACAUACACGCAAACAUUACUGGCAUUUACAGUAAGUGGGGUAUUUAAGGAAGUUGAUGGCAAGUCCAGAGACUCUGUUCAUGCAUUCUUUCGGGUCUUCAUUGCAGUUCCAGCCAUGAAUUCUGGGUUGUGUUUAGUCAAUGAUGAGCUAUUUGUGAGGAAUGCUGCCCCUGAGGAGAUCCGCCGUGCGUUUGCUGCACCAGGCCCCACACCCUCCAGCAGCCCUGUCCCCACACUUUCUGCGUCCCAGCAGGAGAUGCUCUCAGCGUUCUCCCAGAAAUCUCAGAUGAAUCUCGAAUGGUCCCAGAAGUGUCUACAGCAUAGUGAAUGGAACUUCAACCGAGCUGUUCAAACCUUCACAGAACUUAAGGAUCAGGGCUCCAUACCAGAAGUCGCUUUCAUAAAGUGAAGAUGGAUCAAUGUAGUUUUGUUUGCAAAUAUGAAAACAAGGAACUUUGUUUUUAUAUACAUUUUUAGAGUUUUUUUUCUGCACUUUGUAUUUUCAGCUAUUCUGAGAACCUCAAAAAUCACUUGUUAUUCUGUUACAGUUGCAUUUAAGUUAUUUUUAUUUAUGUAUAACCAUUCAUGUUUUCAUUUCUACUGCGUAGUAUAUGGUUUCUGUGUUUUCUCAGAAAUAAAAUCUAUUGUUGCCAUAA